UUGAAAUACGUGCGCAAACACUGUUUCUGAAUUGUACACCCCAAAGGAAACAGCCCGAGAGAGCCGAAAAACGGAACCGAAACUGCCUCUUCGUAAACGCCAGCCGGCAGGGGACGCCACCACCGCAAAGAGAAAAAAAAUGUAAACAUUGCAGCAGCCGCUUACCCAAAAUGGCGCCGCUCUCGUAAGCUGUGCUCCGGCGAGUUUCGCGAGCGAAAAGUGCGUGCUCCUUGUGUUUGCUUGAGCUUCUUCGUCUUCCGAGGCUUAUUUUGGCUCUUCGUCAGCUUCAAGGAACGGAAGGUUCCUUCAUCAGCUGACUUGGUAGGUGCAGAAAACACCUGCAUUCUACUUUGAAGGACACCUGGGGUGCAACGAGUCCCGGUGCGUGGCCUGCCCCGGCAAGAGAAAGAACAAAGUGCGCAGCCAGCUGCCGAAGGGGGCAAAGGUCGAUGGCACGGCAUCACGGCAGCAGCAGCAGGGCACGAGGCCACCUGACCCUAUGAACAUCAGUGCCAACAGCCUCGCGCCCGGAGAGCCCAACAUGUCGGCCACUGGCUCUGGGCGUGUCAAGGUUUCCCUUGGUCCUGGCCGGUCUCUCAUGGACUGGAUCCGGUUGACCCACGCCAAUCCAAACCUCUCUGGGGUCAACGGCCGCUUUCUGGAGAUCACCUACGAGGAGCUGGUCAAGCACAACAAGAAGGACGAUGCCUGGAUUUGUCUGAAAGGUCGUGUGUACAAUGUUACUCCAUACAUGGAAUACCACCCCGGUGGUGUGGAUGAGCUGCUCAGAGGUGUCGGGACGGAUGCCACUGACCUGUUCAACCAGGUGCACAAGUGGGUUAACUUUGAGUCCAUGCUCGAGAAGUGCCUCAUCGGCAAACUUGUUGGCCCUGCCAUUCAAGUUCGCAAAUCUAGUUUUCCCGUGCCAAGGAUACCGUUCAUCAAAAAACUGCAAAGGACCGACACAGCAACCUCCGAAGAUGUUCCAGACAUCAGCCAAGAGACAUCUCCUAAGCCGGCUGUUAGUUUAAAAGGGUCCAGCAACUCUUCUCACCAAAGUUGUGGAAUGUACUACUUGGUAUUGAAGGGCAUCAUUUCACGAAUAUCCUCCUGCAAGAAGUAUUUCAAUGCAUUGAAUACGAGCGGAGUCGUUGGCAAUCAAAGAUUACACUUCAGUCCUUCCGCAAUGCUCCCGCUGUUUCUUCCGCGCUGUGCAUGGCUGUGGAGGGGUGGGUCGUUGCCCCCAGUGCUCAGCCCAUGCUACGAGUGGUUUCAAGAUGACUCGACGGUCACCAUCACCAUUCAGUCCAUGGGUGAUGCCUUCAUUGAAGAAGAUAAAGUUGUGGCGGACCUAUCAGGGAAGACUCUUCGGAUACGAAUUCGAAUGGCUAAAUAUUUUUACUUAUUUCAUGUCGAAUUGCAAGAUAAUGUGUAUAGUAGCUAUAAUGUCCAGGUAAAGUGCAAGCUAAAAUGCCUGGAAACCCAGCUAGUGAAGGAAAGAAAUUGUGUGUCCUGGUCCAGCUUGGGCUCCUUUUUGUCCAACCACAACCAGCUAGUGCCUUUGAAAAAUUCUGAGAGCUUUUCCCGUAGUUGCACCCUAGUGAAUAAGGACAGUGUGACUCACGACAUCACAUUGUUCAGCUUCAUGCUGCCGCAAGGCUCGUAUAUGUGGGUGCCCAUUGGGCAUCACGUGACACUGGAACAUGAUGUCAAAGGAAUGCGAAUAUCUCGGAGUUACACCCCAGUCAUCCCUGCGCUGGAGGCUGAAGAGGCCGGGUCUGAUGGGAAGACAGUGCACCUGAUGAUCAAGGUCUAUUCUGAAGGGGCCCUGACUCCCGUGCUGAACACCCUCGAGAUCGGUGACAAGGUGGACAUGAAGGACACAGAAGGUGACUUCGAGCUGUCGACCUUGGAGAGGUGUCAGAACCUCAUCCUCCUUGCUGCUGGGACAGGCUUCACACCCAUGGUGCGACUGCUGCAUUGGGGCCUAUUUGUCUCCAAGCAAAUUAACAUAAAGCUGAUGACAUUCAACAAGACUGUGAGAGACAUCAUUUGGAAAGAGGAGUUGGAUCGACUACAGGAGGGACAUAAUCGGCUUCAUGUUGAGCACGUACUGUCAGAACCCGAUGAUUCUUGGGAAGGCGCCCGAGGCCGUGUGCGGAGUGAACUGCUGGAGCGCCUGCUUCCUGAGGACAUCCGGCAGAGCGACUCCCUGCUUGUUUGCAUCUGCGGCCCGCUGCCGUUUACCAAGGCUGCGCUGAAGUGCCUGGAAGACCUACAGUGCCCUUCAAAGUCCGUGCAUGCUUUUCUCGGUUGAAGGACACUCAGCAAUGCGUGCAGAAUGGAGCCGGGUCACCAUCUCUGCGCCAUCAAUGUGCCAUUAUUGCUGGGCUUGAGAUUCUCGUGCCGUGAAAUAGGUAGUGGCAGUGACGGCCAUAUUUUGCACCGUGGCAUUCAGAAAAUUUUUUAUACGUAAUUGCUUUGUAGUGCAUAAAUUACUGGCUACUUUCGUGUCGAUUCUCAUGCGGAUGUGGCAGUUCUUGGUCCCUGUUCCCUUGCAGAUAUUGUGCUACAGUUCGAAGUUUGCUUUGUGCGGCCCUGAUCAUUGAAAAACCGCUGGUCAAGCCAGCUUCAGCGGAUUGUCAGUGCUGUGCACUGGUGUUUCCCUGUGCCCGUGUUGUUGCAGAAGGUUGCCACAACAGGGCACACAGCUGUCUUAAGAGGAAGCUUUAGCCAGAGGCCAACAGUGAUUUCUCUAUUCAAAUAGCAUGUAACAUGCAGAAAUAUUGUUAUGAGACAACCAUGCUGGACAAACUUGAAUGAAAUUUGUUGCAUUUGAGAGAAAAGGUUGCAUUCGAGUGACUCUUGCAAGUAGAAAUUUGAUUUGCAGCUUGUAAUUUUUACGAAAGUUCUUGAAGAUUGGUUAAGUUUAAAAAAAGCUGAACCACAAAGUUUACGAAUUCGUAACUCUGCACCAAGAACAGUUUCUAUAAACUGUGUUUCCUAGAUCAUAUAAAGCGGACCGAUUUUCUGCAUAGACUUGCAGCUUUUGUGAAAUUGUUAUAAUGUCUAUGAGGGUCUUGCAAAAGUCCGUCUCGUGCAUUAGUGGUAUAAUUUGGAGUUGUGUAUAAAACAUCCAUUUUGUCCACGUUAGAUGCCUUAACAGGUAGAGUUUACUGAAUUGUUAUAUUGUUAUUUAUUAAUGAGCUGGAGUUGUAACCUUGGUAUAUGAGCUUCUUUCAAUUUUGCAGUUUUCAACAAUUUUGUACAAUGAUCAUGGCCUAAAUUUAAAAAAUCUGCUUCCUGCAGUCAGUAGAUUUUAACUUUUUUCUUUUAAAUUCAACAGGCCUCAUCAAAACUGGUGCUGUAGUUGCAGGGAAAAUUGAUAUCUGCAUUCCCAUGUGUUUAUUUAGGAGGUCCAGAGCCAAAGCUUCGUAUUGUGUUACGGAGGCCUGAGGGCAAAAUAGUGGUUUUUAAUUUAUGCCCCACUUGUUUGUGAAGUCAGUACAGUGUAAAGGCAUAUGGUCAUGGGACACCCUGCAGAGCUUCACCAGAAACUGCACCACGAAACUUCACAGUCUACUUAUCAGGAAAAGUUUCAGCAAGGUGCCCUUUCCUUAUGUGGCAAUUUAUUAGGCUAUUAGUAUUAGUAGGUGCUAGAGUGCACACUGUAAAACCCUUUGUGCAUUUUCUCCCACUGGAUUAUGAAUUGUAAAUCACAGCCAGUUAUUUAAGCACAAAGUUUAACUUGCUGCUGCAAAAAUUUUUUGUGAUAAAACAUUUGCCAGUUCCAGUCCAGAUAUGUCUGACCCAAGUGGAUCUUACUGCUUGUGGUCAUCACAAGUUGAAUGUCCUUUGUGUCGUUUUCGUAGAAACUACAGGAUUGAACUUAUGUGCCAAGAAGUCGAUGUUUAAGAAACUUCUGGUCACCGGAGACCAGUGAAACUGAUGAUUGCACCAGGUUUCGUGGUUGCCAUAUCAGAUACAGUUGUUUCAGACAGGAGAAUCUUUAGCUCAGCACCUAGUACUGUAUGCCAUACACUUGUGCGCUACACCAUGCCUGUACGUUUCCAACAAAAAGGCAGAACUACUUCAUAUCGCCUAACGAAUUUCUUUUGUACAUUGCUCAGCAAACCCAAUGAUGUACAUGAAUGUGGCACACGUGCGCUGUUAUAACCAUUUCAGAAUUAUAUUUCGAAGCCUGUUC